AUGAUUAUCUUUCUUUUAAAGGAUAUCAAUCAGAAGCUGCAAGAAGAUAACCAGGAGCUGAGAGACCUCUGCUGCUUUCUGGAUGACGACAGGCAGAAAGGCAAGAGGGUGUCCCGUGAGUGGCAGAGACUGGGCAGAUACAGUGCCAGUAUUAUGCACAAAGAGGUUGCCUUGUACCUGCAGAAGCUGAAAGAAUUGGAAGUGAGACAAGAAGAAGUGGUUAAGGAAAACCUGGAGCUGAAGGAACUGUGCGUGUUGUUGGAUGAGGAGAAGGGCGGUGGAGCGGGCAGCCGGAGCUCUAUUGACAGCCAAAUCAGCCUGUGCCAAUUAACUGCAACCAGCACGUACAUAAGAGAUGUCGGUGAUGGGAGCAGUACUUCUAGCACGGGAAGCACAGACAGUCCAGAUCAUCAUAAACAUCAUCCGAGUACGAGCCCAGAACAUCUUCAAAAAGCUCGGGGUGAAGGAAGCCCCGAGCAUCAGAAGCACAGGAGUAUCAGCCCUGAGCAUCUCCAGAAGCCCAGGAGUUCGGGCAGUCCUGAUCAUCACCUGAAAGGACCGAGUCCAGAACAUCAGAAAACCAUUGUCAAAGCACCUGAACAACAAAAGCACAGCAGUAGCAGUCCAGAAACUCUCCCAAAGCAUGUUUUGAGUGGUAGCCCUGAACACUUUCAAAAGCAGAGGCCUGGCAGUAGCCCUGAGCAUCAAAAGCACAGCGGUGGCAGCCCAGAUCAUCUUCAAAAGCACACGCCCAGUGGAAGUACAGAACAUCUCCACAAAGUGAGGGGCACGAGCCCUGAGCACCUCAAAAAACACUAUGGAGGGAGCCCAGAGCAUCUCAAGCAUCUCAGUGCAGGCAGCAGAGAAGGUACCCUCAGGAGACAAGUAACAGAUGACCUGUCCCCUCACCACAGAAGUAUAUACAAUGGAAUGAAUGAUUUCCAACCACCAAGACCAAAGGCUCUGCAGUCUUAACUAAACAGUAGAAGAUACCAGAAUCAAUGUCUCCUGCAGGUACAGGUGCUAAGAACUU